AUGGGGUCCCCGGGCGCCGAGGGCGCGGGGAAGGGUCUGCAGCACCGGCUGGACCACCUGCUGAGCGCAGUGGAGAGCGAGCUGCAGGCGGGCAGCGAGAAGGGCGACCCGACGGAGCGCGAAUUGCGUGUGGGCCUGGAGGAGGGCGAGCUGUGGCUGCGCUUUAAGGAACUCACCAACGAGAUGAUUGUCACCAAGAACGGCAGGAGGAUGUUUCCAGUGCUGAAGGUCAACGUGUCCGGCCUGGACCCCAACGCCAUGUACUCCUUCCUGCUGGACUUCGUGGCGGCCGACAACCACCGCUGGAAGUACGUCAAUGGCGAGUGGGUGCCUGGGGGCAAGCCAGAGCCGCAGGCGCCCAGCUGCGUCUACAUUCAUCCGGACUCCCCCAACUUCGGGGCCCACUGGAUGAAGGCGCCAGUCUCCUUCAGCAAGGUCAAACUGACCAACAAGCUCAAUGGGGGUGGCCAGAUCAUGCUGAACUCGCUGCAUAAGUACGAGCCCCGGAUUCACAUCGUCAGGGUGGGGGGUCCCCAGCGCAUGAUCACCACCCAUUGCUUUCCUGAGACCCAGUUCAUAGCUGUGACAGCCUACCAGAAUGAGGAGAUCACAGCUCUUAAAAUCAAGUACAACCCAUUUGCAAAAGCCUUCCUUGAUGCAAAGGAGAGAAACGACCCCAAAGAUGUGCUCGAGGAAGUGGGGGACGGCCAGCCACCGGGGUACUCUCAAUCAGGGGGGUGGCUUCUUCCUGGAACCAGCCCGCUCUGCCCACCUGCCAGUCCUCACCCUCAGUUUGGUGGCCCUCUCCCGCUCCCCUCCACCCAUGGCUGUGAUCGCUACCCUGCCCUGAGGAGCCACCGUGCAUCCCCCUACCCCAGCCCGUAUUCACACCACAGCAAUUCUCCAACAUUCGCGGAAACUUCACCUGCGUGCUUCUCCAUGCUGCAGCCCCCUGACAACUGGUCAGGACUGGGCACGCCUGCCCAUACCAGUGUGCUGCCCGUGGGCCACAGCUCUGGGCCCCCGACCGGCUCCAGCCAGUUCCCCAACCUGUGGUCUGUGAGCAAUGGUGCCGUCACCCCAGGACCUCAGACGCCAGCCAUGGCCAAUGGGCUGGGCGCCCAGUUCUUCCGAGGGCCCCCAGCGCACUACACGGCCCUCCCCCACCCCACCUCGGCAGCGUCCUCAGGGUCCCCGCUGUAUGAAGGGGGAGCCACAGCCACAGACAUUGCUGACAGCCAGUACGAUGCUGCGGCCCAAGCCCGCCUGGCCGCCUCGUGGACACCCGUGUCUCCACCCUCCAUGUGA